AUGUGGCUAAUUGAAAAGGAGAUUUUGGUUGAACCGGCACCAUUACAACGUCCGGAGACGGAGCGUGUACCGAAAGAAUCUCACCACUCGCACGUGUCCACUUAUGCCAAUCCGCCUCGCAUCACGGAUGAGGAAGUUUUCGGUCAGGCUUAUAACCGAGUGAUCCAUUCUCCUGCUGCACUGCAACUGAUUCAAUUAGAACACACCUUCGCUCAAGCAGUGGCCGUAGAGGUCGAGAAGCGGAAUGCGGUUCUACGUCAGCUACAAGCCGAACUAGUGGCAGAAACAGAGCGGGGCUUGCAAUUGCGCGCCGUUGACACGGCGGAUACAAUCACCCAACUACAAGAACUCCAUGUGCGGAAUCGCGAUCUUAUAGAGACCCAGUGGGAUAGUUGUAUCAGUGAACUGCGUCGUCGACAGCGUCGCCAGUUGCGCGACAUUGUCAUGAAUCUGGACGAGCAAUUGUCCUUGGCGGAUGGGGAUCCACAAUCCGUGGAGUCCCGAUCAUUGGAUUCCAUAGAGGGCAGUGUGUCCGCUUGUUUGAAUCUGGCUCAGCUGAGUUCCGGCUCGUUGAUUCCUCCACCACCAUCGUCCAUUAUGACUAGUUCCACUGAUGAUCUGACCCACUCUACUGUCCCGGUCCCGUCCUCUCGAACAAGGAAACCUCGACUUACUCGUCACACACUGCCGACUGAUCCGGCAUCUCCACGCGAGGACCCGCAACUUCAGCCAUGGUCAGAGAGCUUCACGGUCCAGUUGGGCCGACAGAUGCGUACUACAUGCAAUUUUCGUUUGAUAAGGGCGGAUCCAAAUGAUUUGCUUCGCUCCAUCUGUCAGACUGAUUCCGGCGAUGCUGGUAAUAGUGCCGCAGCAGACAGUGCAAACGACCGAGUGUCGGAAAAUGCCGUCGGCGAGCGAUUGAGCAACGCGCUGGGGAUUUAUUCGAAUGAUCUGAAUGGUUUGGUGAUUCUGGUUGACAAGCGACUGACUGCUUAUCGGGGAGUCAAACGCCGUCUCGCGGAGGCAUGCGAACGCUCAACCGAGUUUCACUUCCCAGAGCUGAGCUUUCAGCUGAGUGAGAUUCGACAAACCUGUUGCCGUAUCGCAUCUGAAUGCUCUGGCCCGAAUUCGGUACUGCGACGUCCCUCUCAAAGAAAUAGUGUCACAGAUCGAGAAGAAGAUCGAAUUCGUUCCGGUGCCCCGUUGCAUUGUGCGUUGUCUGCUAUUUUGCGCACGUGCUUCGACUACGAUAUCACCACGUUGUCACUGCCCCUCUUACUAGUCCAAUCCCUGCAAGAUUAUAUGGAUGCCACAUGGCGUGCCCGACGCGCGGAAACUGUGUUCAAAGCGCUCAAAGGUGUCCUAAUGGAACUGAGCACGUGGCGCGGUCCGACUGUACGUGCGAUUCAGUUUCUCGCUCCACCGCAACUGUCCGACGCGGAGCUCGCUUCAUUCAGUCGAAUUAUCACUGCCUCAUUUCUUCAACCAGUACCAGUCAUUGUACCGGCUUGA